AUGUCCUCAAUUCAAAGUCCAAUCAGUUUUAUGCCAACAAGAGAGACGUCACCAAGAAUGAUGCCUAGUCCAUCAAGGCUGCCUAGUCGUGGUGCAACGUCCAGCUCAUCAGAACAUCCGAGCAGUCAUAGUCCAUUCAGUCACACCGGCUCAACCCCUGAGCCUACCGCAAUCUCUAAUCGGCCGGCUCCCUUGAUUGCAAAAGUCCCAACACCAAAACGACGAAGUCUUCCGGCUAGGUGGAUAAGAGAAUCGGACAUCGAUGAUCCCUUAACGAUGUAUUUGAGUCCAGUCGAUUCACCUAUCGAUGAAGCAAUGCCAACUAAGAAAUUGCCUUCAAUUCGUAAUUCACCUCUGCCUGCGGAACAGUUACCACCAAAUCCGAAACUUGGUGUGCCGUCUCGAUUCAACACCGGCAGCUGUCGAAAGGUGUUGGCAGGCGUAGAUGUGAAUGCCCCUUCUGGAGUUUUCACGAGACGUAGUCGUUCCAAAGACGAACGAGCUUCGAUCGGCGCCGCACUGUCACCCGUGUCGGACACAGAGAUCGAGUUAGUCACAGAAACAGACUUUUCUGAAACGGAAUUGUUGUUUGGCAAGAGGUCGCUGGAUAGUCCCGAGGACCAGAACAAGCUAUAUCUCCAGAUGGCAUUAUCCCAUGUGCAGACCCUUUCCAUGGUUGCUGACCGACUGGCCAAUGACAUGAGGCGCGGUGAAGAGCCAGUGUCGCGUAAUCAGCUGGGUCAGCUGGAGUUUUCUCAUUUUAUCAUAGAAUCUCAGCAUCCGAUUCUCACUAAAGGCAAGAGUCUCUUUUACAAUGCCAUAUUACCACGUCCAGGCGAUUCGGAUUAUCCAGUAACUCUUAUGAUUGCGCCGUGCUCUCAGUAUGCUCCACUGAUGCGAAGAAGUGGAUCACAGCUGUUCACCCUGCCUGGAUUUCUGGAACUGGAAGAUCAAGACGGUAGCAUCAGCAAAUUCCUUCAUGAUACCGGCACACCGAAUCUCGACGGACGCCACACUAAGAGAAUGGACUCAAGUGCCCACGAACAGCUUGUCUGCUUCAUACUCCUACAAUUGCUGGCUGCCUUGAAAAUGCUCCAAAGUGAUGGUGUCGAAUCGCUUAGUACUAAUUUCAAGGAAUUCCUUCUGUCGUACCGUUUUUCACCGGAUUCUCAAGCCGAGCUGUGGGAGUUUCCCCGAUUGAUCUUCUUGCCGGAAACCCUUGGGGCGGAAAUCGAGAGCGGAGCUGAUGAGCUGGUUGGGUUGUGCCGUUACGCGAUGAGAGCGCUGUGCACUCUUCUUCAUCAUCGAAUGGAUGGAAAGCCUCCACCUAUCAAACUACGGUAA